CAGAUAUUAAAGAUCAAUGUACCAAUCAAGAUGAGGUAUAAUCCAUUUAGUAUCUCAAUAAGAUCCUUGCUACAGUAAUAGCAUCAUUAAUUAGACGCAAGGUAGCAAAAAGAACUAUUACAAAAAAUAAUUACCAGGAUAGCAUGACAAUUGAAUUCAAUCAACAGAACAAUACAAGUAAUGAAUAACAAAUGAAGCAGAUGAGCAAUACUAAAUAAGCAAAAAAGAAGUAUCAGAUCGAGAAGAAAAUCAAAAUGAGUAACUUAACAGAAACACCUGAAGUUGUGGCGUCCUCUGUGCUUUACGCUAUUUCAGUUAUUUAUAUUGUGGAGAUUUUACUUGGUGUAUUUGGUAAUGUCAUGACGAUUUCAAUAGUUUUCUAUGAGGAAAAGUUCCGGACACAAUUUGCUUACAUUCUUAUCGCCAAUCAAGCAAUAGCAGACUUGGGACUUGUAUCGAUGAUGGUUCCGAUUAAAGUAUUCAUCCUGUUGACAUCAAGUUCCCCAGGUGAUGCAGCAUGUACAUUUGAAUUCUAUGGAAAACAAUGGUUUUUGAUAUCUGCCACAGAGUGCAUUUUAUUUGUGGCAUUAACCCGAUACAUGAAAGUUGUACAUCCAACAAAAGGCCUUUGGAUGCACAGCAAACCACUCCAUACGGGGAUGUUGAUUUUUGCGUGGACCUUACCAAUACUGUGUCUCCUCCCGUCAUUUCUAGAUCCACGAUUCCACUAUGAUGCAACAUUCUACAGUUGUUCAAUGGUCAAUGAACGAAACGAUUCACUAAUUGAUAUGAUCCUUAUCGCACUAGGGGCACCAGUUAUCCCAGUUGCGAUAUAUUGCUACAUACACAUCCUCGUGAAGGUCAGAAAGUCACAGAGCAAGGUAACCGUUAUGAAGAAGUCCAGCAAGGACACAAAACAGGCAAAAACAGAUAACAUAUUAACAAGAACAACCGCUGCAAUAUGUGGACUAUUCUUUAUAUGUUACAUCUUACCUCUGGUGUUACGCGUCUUGGCUGACGAUGGCUCAAAAGCUACAAUUCAAAUUAUAUCUGGAGCUCUAUUUCGACUACCUCCCGCUCUGAACCCUAUCAUAUAUGUUACAUUGAAUACUCAGAUGAGAACCGCCUAUAAAAAGAUGCUGCGCUGUGGCAGGGAGGAUACAAAUGAUGAACAAAGUAGUACUUCAGAGACCGGGACAGGCAAAUAAAUAAAUACAUUUAUGUAUAUAACAGACAUCUUCUUUUACUGAAAAAUUCCUGAAUAACAUAGAAAUUAUAUAUUACCAGCCAUUCAAUGAUCAAAUACAGAAAAUGACUCCUUAGAUCCAAAACAAUCGGAUCCAGAAGAAAGUGUGUAAUAUGGAUUCUUUAUUCCAUGUCUAUGAGUUUAUAGGCAAUUUGAUUGGUCAAUAUUGAUGAUGUAUAUUUCAUAUCACAUCACAACAGAGUAAAUAGCAACAAUACCUUAUGAUAACCUAAGCAGGAUGAAACAGUUUAACAUCAUAUAUUAUACAAGUGUAUUACGUAUUCACUAAAAUAUCUAUUUAACCUAUAAAAUUUAAUUUCAUUCUGGGAAUAAUCAAAAUAGACCUUAGUACUAUAGUACAAUACAAUACAAUACUAUAGUACCUACAUGCAUUAAUAGACCAAUGUGACAAAUCUGUCAUGAGACAUUUCAGCAGUACAUCCAUAUGAUAAACAAUUUGAUUUUUUUAAAUUUUUUAAUGUAUUGAUUGUCAUCAUGGGAUAAACC